AUGGAAUUUGUUCGUGGCGGUGCAAUCGUUUGCGGGCCGUUGUCCAAGGCGACUCAGCAUGGGCCGAUGCCUCUCUCACCGCCGCCGGGGCUUCCCAGCCCUGGCUCCGCGAUGCCACCGUCGGGCCUGCCAAGCCCUGUUACCUUGGUGCUUGGAGAUAAGGAGGCGAACCUCGAUCUUCCGCCGCCGCCGCCGGGUUUCGAGACCCUCGCCGUGGGACGCCGGGCAAAUGGCGUCCCGUUGUGCCAGGGUAGCUAUGGCCAUCCCCACCUUUGCGCACGACCUUGCGUACAUGUGAGCAAGUAUGGAGGAUGCGCGGCCGGUCACACUUGUGAGUUUUGCCACCUGCCCCACACAGAGGCCGCUUGCAAGCCGGACAAGCAGCAGCGCCACAUGAUCUUCCGGAUGACGGACCAGGAGCGUCUUGCAACAUUUCUUCCCCAUAUUCGCAAGAAGGCCGUCGAGAUUGGCCUCCAGGAGAGGGCGUCACACUUGAUUCAUCUCCUGGAGGCCGAGCUGCUUGAAGGCUCCGUGCGGCCGUCGUGGGUCGGCCGCAAGUUUGAGAAGGUACUGACGCGGAUGACGUUGGGACAGCUUGUUAGCUCCAGCAUGUACGAUUUGCCGGAACACGUUCGGCGAGCUGUGGCUCAACUGAGGCUGCAGUUACCCCCGCCGCAGAUCAUCACGCAAGCCGAAGGCCCUUCAGUUUUCCUGUAA